AGAUGCAGGCGCAUAACGCGCAGUCGCCGCCCUGUUUCCUGUCACUGCGCUGCCAUCGUGCAUCACUUGAUUUCUCUGUAAGGAGCACAUGCUCUUCCAGUCACCCUGUUCGCAAAACUGCUUAUGAAAAUGCUCCAAACGCGCAUCGGUCACUAUAAAAAACUCGGUGUUCUGCUGCUGCUGGCCACUGUCGUGGGUAACAGUCGUGGAUCACAAAACAUGAGUAGCUCAGGCCCAGGGACAGCGACUCCGACGGCUACCGCUGGACACAAUCACUCCGUCGGCUGGACGUCCCCGGUGGCCAAUACCACUGGCCUGCACUUUAACUCCACCACUGGUAAGGAUGGGAUGUCAAACGUUACGACGGCAGCCAUGACUACGUCAAGCCUGGGCAGCAAAUGGACGAGCCAGCUGAUGAGUGUCGCUACCAGCGGAGGCUCCAGCAGAGAUACCUGGAACACCACGGCCGCUGACCGUUCAGACAAGCCAGUGAAGAACAACAUCGGCUUAGGACUUUUCAUUCUGAUCUUUCUCAUGGCUGUCAUCAUCCUUCUGAUCGUCGUAAUUUGGUGUAUACGCAAGAAAACGAGGCAAUACUCUUUCGACUUGAACCACAAAGAAGAUGUCGACAUUCCUUUAAGCUCUGUUGGCCAAGGAGGAGUGUUUGCGCCCAACCAAAACGAUGAGAAGCCUGCAGACUUCGAGUACGUCGCCAAAGAGGAGAGCGGUGUGGCCCCAGGGGACAGCGAGCUGCAGUCUGCAGAGGAUAGCAGGGGCCCUGAGGACGAUUUAGAAAAGUCGGUCACCUUCGGCUCUCAGAUUGCCUUGACGCCCAAAGAGAAGCCUCUUGAGUUCCCCUUCAACUUGAUUGACGGAGAGGCCAACCAAUCCAGCGACACCGCCACGGAGACCCUGGGGGAGCCACAGAAUGAAAAUAACAACAACACCGGGGCAAGGCUGCCGUCCAGCCCAGACUCUCCUACGGCGGGUUCCUUCGGUGCUGGCCCAUGUGGGAUCUUCACCGAGAUCAGCCUGGAUGAGCCCGUAUAGCGUGGCUGGUUCCCUGAGCCUUUCCUCACGCCGUGAACUUAUAAGGUCUGACAGCUUCCCCGAAACUAAAGGCAUCCAAGGCUGAGGAUGUAUGAGUCCUUUGCUUCCACAUCUCAGUCCAAACUGACGAGACCCUCCAGCCCGCAGCCCCCUGCCUGCUCUUCCACCUGCUGCUCUGCUUCUCCUCCUUUCAUCUCCAUGAACAUGCUGCUUGCUUUGCAUAUAGCUGAUAGGACAAAACCACUAAAUACACCAAGAUAAAUCUGUACAGGAUCGAUGCCAAGUUUUUAAAAAGUAACACCUGAAUACGUAUGAUGUGUGUGUAACCGUGCAAAUGACUGCAAUUUAUUCUAAUGACAAUUUUUACCAAAACUCACUGCAACAAACUAUUUUCCUGUGUAUAAUGAACUAUAUUUAAGACAUAAAAGCUGAAUACAGAAUUGUGAAUUAAUUUCUAUAAAAAUUGUGUAAUCUUUUUAAA